GUUUUUUCCCUUAUUCUCCUUUUCGUCUAGCAUUUUUUUUUCUUUUUUCUUUUUCGUCGUUUCCUCUUUGUGCAGAGUUCAGAAUGAAGCCACCUGCCGUCAGCAAACAUUUCGACAAUCUUAUCUACCUUGACGAUUAUCUCGAUGGUAUUGGAAAAUAUUGCUGACAGAUGGGCUCUCCUUUGAAAGCCAGUGGAAACUCACUCUCGCGGUCUUUCUCUAGCGGUGGAAGCAUUGCCUCUGGAACUGCAAAGAAAUUUCACGCUGAUGAGAGAACUCGAUGGUUACGCUCAAGGUACAGCAAAGUUUCAACAAGCAUCCAUGUCAGCUUUCCGUUUUUUUAAUAAACACAAUCUCAAUUUAUGCACAGAACUGAUGGAAUCGGUGGCCAAGGAAGCAAUCAAACUCAUUGACGAUGUGUUGGAGAUGGAUCCGAAUGAUCGCAUUGACAGGUUACAGAAUCUUGGCGGUUUGUUGGAAGAAACUCUGAAGCGAGGUGAAGAAAAAGUAGCCCUCGCAAAAUCAACGUUUGAUGCGGUAGAUCGUCAUUGCAAUCGUCUUGAUGCUGAUUUGGUGAAAUUGGAAGAAGAACAAACCAUUGGCGAUUACAGAAUUACAGCACAACCUGGUUUAGAACCUUCAGCGCGUAGUUUACGAGAAGGAGCCGAUAUGCGGGAUCGAAAUAAUAAACGAUUAGAACGAGAACGUAAAGAUGCCAAGAUUGAAAAACGAGUAAAAAAGCGCAAGGCAUUGAAAGAUGGUGGAUCACCACCGCCGAGUGCAUUACGAGCACAAGCGUUUAAGAAUGAGAGGAUGAAGCAUCAUAUGGAAAAAGAGAAAUCAAAGAAUGCGAUUACUUCUGGCAAAAAUGGAACUAACAAAUCUAAAACUGUGAUUCCUAUGGAUGCCAAUGCUGAUCCAAACGAACCGCUGUACUGUUAUUGUCAACAAAUUUCAUACGGUGAAAUGGUAGCGUGCGACAAUGCUGAUUGCGAAAUUGAAUGGUUCCAUUUAGCAUGUGUGGACUUGAACAAGGUACCCAAGGGCAAAUGGUACUGCAACAACUGCUUAGCAAAAAUGAAAGGCAAGCAAAGAAAAUAACCAUGCCACGUUCCAAUUCAUCAAUCAUUUGUCAAGAAAACUACGCGUUCCCCAUCCACUUUUUUUUUCUCUCAUUCCAUCCCCGCUUUUUCUUCUAUUUUCUCGUUCGACAUUUCUGUUUCUUUCUGUUGAAUAUUGCACUUUACCAUAUUUAAAAAAUUUG